AACCGAGCCCGGGGCCGGGAGGUUGGGCACGGGACACCGAGCUCUGAGGGCGGGAGGCCUAGCGAUUGGGCCGGGAGCCGGAGGCCGGGCCAGGCGGCAGGAGAAGGGACAGCGCUACCGCCGGCGGAGGAGUGGCCCCGGGAAGGGGCGCUGCCAGGGCUGGGGCGGCCGGGUGCGGACUGAGCUUCUGGCCCUCGGGCUGAUCCUCCCUGCUUGGGACGAGGGUUCGGUCUCUGCUGCCUCCCACGUCUGGGGCCUGGACUAUCCCGGGUUGACUGUGGUUUAGCCCUUCCAUGGAGGUCGUUGCAGGGUUGAAACUCCAAUUCCUUUUCGGCCCUGCAGAGCUUCGUGAGUGCUCGCAGCUCAUAUCUGUCGCUGUGUAUCCGUGGCCACAGUCGGUGGUGCCUCCUUGAAACCCCAGGCCGCGAGAAGUUAGCGAGCCCUGCUCACCCUCGGCGCUCUGGGUUUCAAUGGCGGUGCUCUGCACCUGCCUCUUCCAUUCUCAGUAAGUGGCACCCAAGCAGGAAAGUAGAAAACAUCCUUCUUAGCCCCCUCUCGCCCAUCUGCUUCUUUCCCACUUCGUCACCAAGCCUUGUCGACCUCGUGAAUGUCUACCAGAUCUGUCCACAUCUCUCCGUUUCUGAUUUCAGCCGCCUGACCACGGCAGCCUCUUCCCUGGUCUCCCCACUUCCAGACCCGCCUGCUCCUUUGCAGUCUAUUUAUUUCAGCACAGGCAGAGGGAUCCUUAUGAAUGAAAGUCUAGAAAGCUCGUGCUUUGCCCUUAGGUUAAACCCAGCACUUAACAUGGCUAACAAACCUCAGCACGUGUUGGGUCCGAGCAUCCUCCCCCGCCUUAUCUUUAGCACCGAUUCACUUUCCGCACAGCCGUGCUGAUCUUCAUACCUAGCUCCACCUGUGACACCUCUGCGUUCCCUUUCUCCCUCCAUCACGUUUGCUUAGAAGAGCUCCUACUUAGAUUUCUGUUUUCAUUAGACAGUUCAAGGUUAAAUCUUUCUAUAAUGUGUUCUUUCUGCAGCCAGCUUUUCCUAAGAGAGAUGUGUCAUAUCCUUUGCAGAUGCUUGUUUACUGUCUUUCCUGCUGCAUUUGUAAGCAAACUCCAUGAGGGACAGACUUGGUUUAUCUGGGUGUUCCUUAGUGUCUUUUCCCAAAUGUGGGGCAUGGCACAGCACAGUAAAUGCCCAUCCAUUUGUGUUUUUACUAUUAUGCCCUAUCUAGAAAAAGUAGACCUGAUUUAGGAUUGUUUAGCAAAUUAUAAUUAGAAAAGAAAUGGUAGAGGUGACAUAUGGAGUCAUUGUAACAGUGUAACCCUGCAAGAUAGCAGAAGGAGGGCCAGGCAAGGUGGUUAGACCACACUCUAUCAAAAUGGGCUCAGCCACUGCGAAUGUGCGUGCUGUGGUUACAUGAUCUCUACAAAUGAAACGUAAAGCUUAAAUCAUCCCUGUCACAGCCCGAUGCUUGAACUCUGGUUUUGCUUUGUCUUUUUGCCAAAGAAGGUUUUUGAAAGUGAAAAUGUUUUUGAAUGAAGGGACGAAAAGUUUAUUGGAGUAUGGCAAUAAAACCUGUUCAAAGUAACGGACAUUCGACAUUGUACCUAGUUAAAUCAGAUUUGCUUUUGCUAUCCUGAAAAAAGGCCUUGCCUCUUGCCAUUUGAAGAGACUGGCAUCUGAUAUAGGCAAUUAUAAUGCUUCUUUACUGUUUUGCUUUCAAACCUAAUUUAACACAAUCUCCCACUGCUUCAUACCCCUACAAAGCAGUCUUUAUUGUCAUGAAUGAUAUAUUACAUUUCUUCUGGUGCCUACUAUUAGAUCUUUAAGCUCUACCCGAAAGAUAGGAAACACUGGUGUUCUGGCCCAGAGAAAGAUGUGGGAAUUCUUAGAUUUAUAUAAUGUUCUUUCUCUGCAUGUUUUGUUCUUGCCUUCACAUGUUGCCUGUAGAGCUUCUUUGUAUUACCAUAAUGAGAUAAAGCUACCUGGUAUGUAUUGGACACCAUCGGGCAUCUGCCUUGUUAAACCACUUUUGAAUACCAGCGAGCAUUGGUAUAAGCGCUGCAGAGGGAUGGGGUUUGUCUCUUCCACUGCUUGAUACACUCAGGGUCCAGUAUGGUACUCUGCACACAGUUGGUGUUCAGUAAAUUGUUAUGGUCCAAAUAUCAAAUGAAUAAAUGCUACUGAAUCUGACUUUUGGCAGUUUCAUCUUCCAGACAGCAGGAUUUCUUCAAGUGGUUUUAAACCUGAAUCUGAUUCUGCAAAGUAGUGGUUCUUGGUGGGAGUGGUGAGGCUUUAAAGUUACCUGUAAUUUUUAUAAAAAGGCAUCUGAGAUCCUCCAUUUUACACUUAUACAGAUUAUUCAGAUCUGUGAAGGCUUUCCCAUUUUCUCCUUUUGGCCAUCCAAAAGGACUUCCUUUGGCAAAGGGAAGACAGAUCUUUUGCACAUAGUAAGUGCCAUUCUUUCUGUCUGGUGUCAUAGGCUUUGAAUAGUGGGGAGUGCUCUAUGCUGUCUUCCUGCUCACUUGGCCCAUGCCAGAGAAAAGGAAAGGAUGGUUUAUUUGUUUGUAUAGUACAAUGGAAACUUGUUUAGAUUUAUUGUGUAUUUGAUUUUACAUUCCUGUUCUCAUAUUUUUACCUUAACUACACAAUAAAUAUUAAAAGAUUGGCUUCACCAGGCCCAAUGACAAUAGCCAGUUUGCUAAUUCUUAUAUGUACCCAAAUGAAUUCAGAGACCAGAUGGGAAAAGAUUUUGAUAAAACCUCUGGUUUUAUUACAUUACAACUGAAGUCUUUUCUUGCCCAAACAAUUGUGAAACAGAUGUUCUUUCUGUUUCGUUUGCUAAAUCUGGGAAUGUGACUGCCUUUGAGACUUUGUCCUCUCUGACAGUUGAUAAAUAUAAGCCGGAUAUUUUUCAAGUUGUUUGACAGAAGUGUAGUUUCCCCAGAAAUCCUACUGGACAGGCUUCACUUUUCUUUUGGAGGAAAACAGAGUUACAGGAAAUAUGUCUUAAUGACUUAUACUGAAAGCUGAACAUAAAACAGUAAUUUAACUUUUAUUAUUUUUAGAGGCUCAAGUGCGGUGGUGCGAUCAUAGCUCACUGCAGCCUCCAACUCCUAUGCUCAUGCCAUCCUCUUGCCUCAGCCUCCUGAGUAGCUCGGACUACAGGUGUGUGCCACAAUGCCAAUCUACUUUUUUUUACUUUUUUGUAGAGAUGGGGUCUCUCCGUGUUGCCCAGACUGGUCUCAAACACAUGACCUCAAGCAGUCCUCCCACCUUGGCCUCCCAAAGUACUGGGAUUACAGGUCCAAGCCACCGUGUCUGGCCUAUUUCACUUUAGAAGUAAAUCGAAUGUCACAUGCAAGGUUUGUUAAAUUUAAAAAGAAGAAAGAAAGGAAAAAUAGAAGUAAACUACCUAGUGGUAUCAGAAAUGCCGUAAUUGUUUUUGCCAUUUUUUUCAUUCAUUAGAAUUCAGUGCAUUAUGUUAUUUUGGUACCUCUGCAGUAACUUGCUAUCAUAUUAUUUAUGUUUUUUGUCUUAUUUAAAGCUUCUGAGAUUUUGGGGUUUUGUUUCCUUCCCUGAAAUUAAGCAUUAUCACUCCUACAUAGUGCUAAACUGCCUAUAGAAUAGUCAGAGUCUGCCAUCUUGAGUUGGGAAGAUCCUAGUUUGAAUCCUGCCUGUGCCACUUUAAAGUUCCUUAACUCCUCUUAGCCUCGGUCACCUGAACAACUCUGCAGUGGGGAUCCUUAUGCCUCAGAGUGUGUCAUUGGGAGGACUCAUGAAAAAUAGCUUGUACUUUUGAGUUUAGUACCUAGUCUGUAUGAGCCAGCAGUAAGAGUGACAGUCAUCACACAGUGCUUUACACACACCUUUGCCGUCACAUGCAGGACUGUUCUUCCUUUGGCUACUGUUUUGUUAAUAAAGGUAUCCAUGGAGAACACUGAAAACUCAGUGGAUUCAAAAUCCAUUAAAAAUUCGGAACCAAAGAUCAUACAUGGAAGCAAAUCAGUGGACUCUGGAAUAUCCCUGGACAACAGUUAUAAAAUGGAUUAUCCUGAAAUGGGUUUAUGUAUAAUAAUUAAUAAUAAGAACUUUCAUAAAAGCACUGGAAUGGCAUCUCGGUCUGGUACAGAUGUCGAUGCAGCAAACCUCAGGGAAACAUUCAUGAACUUGAAAUAUGAAGUCAGGAAUAAAAAUGAUCUUACACGUGAAGAAAUUGUGGAAUUGAUGUGUAAUGUUUCUAAAGAAGAUCACAGCAAAAGGAGCAGUUUUGUUUGCGUGCUUCUGAGCCAUGGUGAAGAAGGAAUAAUUUUUGGAACAAAUGGACCUGUUGACCUGAAAAAAAUAACAAGCUUUUUCAGAGGGGAUUGUUGUAGAAGUCUAACUGGAAAACCCAAACUUUUCAUUAUUCAGGCCUGCCGUGGUACAGAACUGGACUGUGGCAUUGAGACAGACAGCGGUGUUGAUGAUGACAUGGCAUGUCAUAAAAUACCAGUAGAGGCCGACUUCUUGUAUGCAUACUCCACAGCACCUGGUUAUUAUUCUUGGCGAAAUUCAAGGGAUGGCUCCUGGUUCAUCCAGUCGCUGUGUGCCAUGCUGAAACAGUACGCCAACAAGCUUGAGUUUAUGCACAUCCUGACCCGGGUUAACCGAAAGGUGGCAACAGAAUUUGAGUCCUCUUCCUUUGAUGCUACCUUUCAUGCAAAGAAACAGAUUCCAUGUAUUGUUUCCAUGCUCACAAAAGAACUGUAUUUUUAUCAGUAAAGAAAUGGUUGGCUGGUGGUUUUUUUACUUUGUGUGACAAGUGAGAAGACAGUAUGCCUGCUACUGUAUUUCUCUCUCAUUUUAACCUACUUUCAUGCUACAGAGGGUACUUUGAGACAUACUCCUUCCAUCAGGUAGAUCCACUAUGAAGCUACCUCAAACUUACAAUCAGGUAGUUGCAAUUGAAUUUAAUUAGAAAUAAAUAAAAAUGGAUACUGGUGCAGUCAUUAUGAAAGGCAAUGAUUGUUAAUUUGUAGCUUUCAUGAUUAGCAAGUUAUAGUGAUGCUAUGCUAUAAAUUUUCAAGUAACUGUGAAAAAGUAAUGAAUUUUUUAUGAUAUUCCUCCCACUUAAGACUGUGUAAUCUAGUUUUAUGAAACUAUAGAAAUGAUGUGGAAGAACUUAGUCAUCUAUGGGCAGUACUCAAAAGCGUGAACCUUUUUUUUAGAAUUGAUAGGCAAACAUGAGUCAAAACUGCAU